AUGGACCGCGAACGCUCCGGCGCUGCUGCCUCGGCGAUGGACACGCUGCACGACCUCUCCAGCCUGCUCAACACGGGCCUCACGCCCGAGCAGCUGCGCGCCUGCGUCGAGCUCAUCGAGCAGGGCGUCGGGCCCGAGGCCGUUGCGACGGCCGUCAAGGAGCUGCGCAAGGAGGCGGCCAACGCGCCCGCGGCACGCGACAAGUGA